AUGCCCGCAAGGAGGCAAAGUGCGGUCUCACCCAUUGACCCUACGACAGGUCUGCCCGUGGAAGGUCUCACACCCACAAGCGCGGGCAGAAGUAGAGGUAAAGAAGGUAAAGAAAAAGAAACUUUUGCAUGUUCGUUCGUAGGAUGUGGACAAACUUAUAGUCGUAUGGAAUAUCUGAAAAGACAUCAAAGAAAACACCAAGAUGACAGACCUUUCCAAUGUAAAGAUUGUACUAAAGCAUUCGCCAGAAGUGACGUCCUUUUGCGUCACAGAAGGAGAUGCCAUCCGACCCCUCCACCUACCGACCGAAACACCCAGUCACCCCCCGCACCCCAUCGAAAUUAUCCCGGCGUACCUAUAUCUUCGUCUCGCACCGAUGCUCGUGAGGCAUCACCUACGCAUCGUGGAGGUCGAAAACAUCCUCGACAAUCCAGUGGCGAUGACGACCGAGAGGCUAAUAGACCGCGUGUCGACCCUAGCCUUGAUCCCAGUCUCGAAGAUGAUUUUGAAGGUGAAGACGACGAAAGACAUCCUGAUGGCAGUCGAUUUUCUCGUCAAAAUGGUAUGGGCAAUGGUGGAGUCUAUUCCGCUGGUAACCCAUUUUACGGAUCAAGCAGCGCUCCGGAAGGCUCAGCUUAUACCCCCCAUCUUCUUCCAAUGUUCCAACAAAACCAACCAUUUCACAGUCUGAAUGAUCCCAAUCACCUUGAAGACGCUUCAGUCUUACUUUCGAUGGCUUAUCCAGGCGGCGUACCUUCGGGAGAGAACCCAGAUCUACAAAGAGAUCUUCCUGAUUGGGCAAACAAUCCAACGAUCAACAUGAUGAUGGAAGCUGCGGUAGCCGCAAACAGAGAACAAGAGGCCGUCAACACUCUUGAUAGCACGACGUCAACAAACGGUCAUAGCGGUGAUCAGAACGGGCAUACAAUAACGACAGAUACGCCGCAACCGAAUGGGAAUUCGACGUUAGCAUCCGCUUCUGUCGAUCCCUCAGGAGGGGAUUUUCUCAGCGCGAUGAGCUGGUUGUCCGCAAUGGGCACUCAGGGAGUGUUGAGUCAAAACCAGAACCAGACGAUGAUGCAAAAUCAGCAGCAGACGCAAUCGCAAACGCAAUUGCCCUCGCAUCAACACAACUCGAACUCCCCAAAGAAGGACUCGAUAUCGACGCAGAAUUUGACGCUGCCAUCGACCCAACCCUCAAAUAAUGAUCUGGGAAGUGCAUUAGGAUGGAUGCAAAUGUUCGCUUCAAGCAUGUCAGGUACAGCAGGUUCCGGCCAUACUGGAAAUUCUCCCAAACCAUCCUCACCUUUUCCGUUGUCUACUCUGUUCUCACCUUCCGCGUUUGGCAUGAUUCCUCCCACUCCAGAUGAGACGUAUCCGGAGAACAGCGAGCAACCAGUACCGAUGUCACCAACACUCAAAGGAAUUCUGGACCAGAUGGCGAUGUACGAAGUACCUCAGACCCUAUCAAACCCCAAUCCCGAAAGACCUCUGCUUAGGAUGGACAACGAUUUAAUGUACAAGACUGCUGGUCAGGAGUGGUUCGAUAAGACCAGCCCUUUCUAUCUCCCCGCCGAAAGGUUCGCUGGUGUUUAUCAAAUCCCUCAUUGGGCUUUGCCUCCACUACGUACACUGUCUGUUAUGGCUUGUCGUACAUAUCACACCGUUCUGAAUCAUUUCUCAUUCGUCCAUAUGCCCACAUUCAAGCUCAAUGAUACCGCCGCGUGUCUCGCUUUUGCCAUUUGCACCGUGGGCGGGAUACGAACCAGCGCUACGGAAGCCGACAACGUUGUGCUGCAAGCUUUAGGCAUGAGUGGUCUACCGCGACCAGCUCGAGCCCUCGAUGGACCUGUCGUUCCGGAUCAAAGUUGGGAACAGAUAUAUGAAACGAACUGGAACAGAAGUGCAGAUGAUAAAAAGUACGAUUCAAAGAAAGUCAACGAUUGGAAAAAUGGACCGCUGGUACGGAACGAAAAGACCAAUAUGCUUGUCAAGUCAUUUUCCUUGGCACAAGGUGUGCUUAUGACGGAGUACAAUGUUGCUCUACUUCAGGCGCUGAUAUUGUAUCAUGCGCCAAACUUCCUGAGUGAGAGCGAACAUGAAAGAGUCACAGCCAAUAUGUUUAUGGGCACUAUAAUAAAUAUAACCCGUCAAAUCGGAUUCUUCACUCCCGAGGCGGAUCACUUCGUACUGAAAAUCAAUACUCCCGUUGAGCCGUUCACACCGAACGAUCUCGAUCGAUGUUGGAAACAAUGGAUUCAGCUUGAAACUCGACGCCGAACCGCCUACUUGGUAUAUCAACUGGAUUUGGUCUCUGCUCUCGAGUCAAAUAUUCCCUGUAUACUCUCGUCUUGUGAAAUCUCAUUCAUGCCAUUACCUGCUCCUGACCCAGUAUGGAAAGCUCCUACGGCUGUUGAUUGGCUCAAAGCCGCCAAGAAGUAUCGACCUAUAAGUCUGGAUGAAGCUAUGAGGAGGAUUUUCUUUUUACCUACUUUUGGCGCUUUCGACAAUCUCCAUGAAAGCGCCGAUACCAAAUUCUACAAUCUUUUGAAUACACAGGACUUUGGCCCUUUUGCCAGAAUGUCGAUGGUUUUGACACUAUUGAAAGGCGUGAUCGAUAUCGGAGAAGGUAAAAGAGACAGAGGUGAUUGGCGGGAUUUGACCGAUCUUUGGGUUGGAUGUAGUUGGUUAAGACCGUCCAAGAGAAUGUUGGCUCAAGAUGGUACGGAUCUCGGUAGAAUAACGAAGGAUGGUUUGCGAGGGAGAUUCGGAAUGGGACUUCAGAAAUGGAGAGAGGGUUGGGAUUUUGAUAAGCUAUGCAUAUCGCCUUCAAGUAUCGUAACUACUGGUAUCAGCCCAGAAAGUGGUUCUAGUGGAUCAACAACACGCGAACCGGAAUUAGCAAAGGAGACUUUGAAUUAUUGCGAAGAUGCACUUCCCUUCUACUGGUUGGCUGUUGCUCUCCUCAAUCAACUGAACAGUUCGCCUAACUCAGCCCCUGGUCAUAACCAUUUCUCAGGCGUGAGAUACGGUGACAUGUUGAAAGCUGCAAGGACGUUUACUCGAACGGGUGAGGGUAUCCCCGGAGCCGCUCCUUGUGAUGCAUCACCUUCAUAUGCCAGACAAGGUUCAACGGCAAGCGCCAUCAGUAAUACUGUCCCUCAAGUUCGGUCAACUCCAUCAUCAGGCUCAGCACAUACAUCAAUAUCACCACCAGAUGCUAACGCAUCCAACAAUAUUUCAGACGAAAACUCAAAUACCAAUCAUUUUGAUAUGAGUGCAAUGUCCCCGGGUACAUUGGAUGGUCUGUUCGAAGCUUUAGGUGGAGGUGGAUUCGGUAAUUUCCCAGAAUCUUACAUCAGCGGACACGUACCCAUAGCAACGUCAAAUCCACAUCCAUCUACUACGACGACAAAGCAUCCAGGUGGCGGUGGUGGAUUACAUAGUGAUCUGACUAGAGAAAUAGGUUUCAUAUUGUAA